AUGGAACAAGACUUUCCCGGAAGUAUUGAACUCCGGUGUGCUUUAGGGGAAUCCUAUGAACAGCAGAGCCAAAACGUGAUACCGCUUAGUUUUGAGCUGGGAGGCGUCAGGUCAGCAGGCGAUGUUGUCUCGUUAACAAUGCCCUACACAGACGGCGGUGAGGUCCAGGUAGCGCCUCCAUUCUUUGACGUUACCGGGACAGCAUUGAGAACAAGCUUUCUGAGGAAGUUCUCCACGCACGAGGAUGUCAACGCUGCAGUCAAGCGGUUCAGGGGGAGCCUGCCCUGUGGCGUGCUAUCCUGGGGGCUGAGGCGGUGGAUGCUGCGGCUAACGACGGUGCUGGUGCAGCAGCGAGAGCAGCCGCCGGGGACCACGAACAGGCGCAGUGGCGGGAGAACUGGGUGCGGGACAGGGUGCGUGGAGAGCAACACAGGCGGUGGAGCCGAGGAGGCAUGGGUGUCUGGAGAGAACGAUGCGAUUCAGGAUGAGGAUACCACCAAGUACGAUGCGUUCAAGGAGUGGGUCGGCAAGGUGCCAAGAGCGGCUAAGGGCGCAGCUGGCAAGAACAGGCGGGGUGGCGGUGAUGACGACGACCUGGGUGCGAGGUCGGGGCGCAAGGUUGGAAAUAAACGGCAGAAGGGGAACAAGGGCGCAGGCCGGGGCAGGGGUGCAAGCAAGGGGACCGCCAGAGCACCACGUAAUAUCCACCCGUAAUCACUGGGUCUUCACCCGUAAUUGUGCGCGUAAUUGGUUUCAUGC